UGGUGAUUUAGCCAGCACAAAAGGCGACGCUUGGGUUGCUACUUUCCUGUUACCAUCGCCCAGACAUGGCUUCUACUACCGCUGUGACCGAAACAAAAAAAAUUACAGACCUGCGGGUCGUUGAACUCAAAACAGAAUUAAAAAACAGAAAUUUAGAUGUUACGGGAGUAAAGAAUGUCCUUGUGGCGAGAUUAAAGCAGGCGAUAGAAGAGGAAGGAGGAGAUCCUGAUAACUUUGAAAUUAAAGUUACUUCAUCUUCUGAAACUCCAGUGAAGAAGACUCGCAAAGGCAAGAAAGAAGAUGGGGAUGCAUCCAUGGAAGAAGAUGGAAAGGAGGGAGAUGGAAGUGAUCAAGAUGGAAAUGAUGAAGAUGAUGAAGGUGAGGCUGAGCCAGUGAAAAAGGGUAGUGCAGAAUCUGAUGAAAAGGAAAAAUCUGGAGAGGAGGAGAAAAGUGAAGUGGGAAAAGAACUUGCAGAAGCUGCUUCAGAGGUUACCAAAGAAGAAUCUGGUGAAGCAGGUACUGUCGAUGGUAUACUUGAAGUAUCUAAACUUCUUCCUGCAGAGAAAAGCAUAACUGAGGCUCGGCAGGAUGCAACUGAAGGCAGCACUUCGGUGAAAGACGAAAAUUCAUCUACCACUGUCCAGGCUGAAGAUGCCAUCACUUUGGAUAUUGAUGGCGAUGACCUUCUAGAAACUGGUAAAAAUGUGAAAGUUUCAGAUUCUGAGGCUGCUAAGCAUAAAGAGGAGGAGAAGGCCUCAGCACCAGAUAGCCUGGAAGUUGUGAAGAAGGAUGAAGAAACAAGUGACAAUCUUAAUGAAGACAAGAAGGAAGAUGGAACAAAGUCUGAUCCUUCCAAGAAAGAAACUAGAGAAGCUUCAAAGAAAGUCGAGUCGGGAGACAAAGAAAAGGAUUCUUUGAAGAAAGCCCCCUCGUCUACUGGGGCAUCUGGUCAAGCAAAGAGUUCAACAAAGGAGUCCAAGGAUGGGAAGACCUCCAAAGAUGAUAAAGGAGGUGCCUCAAGUGGUUCAGCUCGAAAUAUAUGGAUUAGUGGUCUGUCUUCAAAUACAAAAGCAGCGGACUUGAAGAAUCUGUUCGGAAAGUAUGGCAAGGUGCUUGCUGCCAAGGUUGUGACCAAUGCCAAGAGUCCUGGUGCAAAAUGUUACGGAAUUGUAACAAUGUCCUCUAGUGCUGAAGUGACUAGGUGUACAACACAUCUUCAUCAUACAGAGCUCCAUGGACAGCAAAUUUCUCUUGAAAAGGUGAAAACUGAUCCUUUGAAAAAAGUAUCUGAGAGCUCAAGUAAAGCUGCAGGAGAGAAAAAAACUGUUGGAAAAACUAACAAGGCUGCUACUUCAGGGAAGAAAGACGAGAAAAAGACUGAGAAGAAGGAGAAAGAUGGUGCAAAGAAGGAUGCUAAAGAUGAGAAGGCUGAUGCAGCAUCCACUGCUUCUGGGACAGAAUCUAAAACUGAAGAGAAGAAACACUCUGGUGGAAAAGAUGAAGAUGAGAUGGUGAUUAUUGAUCAAACAAAAGGAGAUCAAUUUUAUGUUAAACCUUUAAGAAAGGGAAGGUUUGAGAAGAUGGCGAUGAUGAGAAGCAGCGAGAGGUUCUUUCAGGGCAGACCAAGGUUCAGAGGAGGAGGAAUGGGUGGAAGGAGAGAGAUCAUGCCCUUUGAAAAGAUGAAGGAGCAGAAGAUUCGAGAGCACUUGGUGCGAAUAGAAAGAGUUCGCCGAGCCAUGGAGCUGCGAAGAAGAAGAGAAGAGGCAGAAAGACAACGCCGUGAGCGAGAACACAUAGGAAUGUUGCGUGAGAGGGAAGAACGUGACAGGUUAUUGAGAGAACGCGAGCGUCUGGAAAUUGAAAGACAAAAACUAGAGAGGGAGAGAAUGGAGCGGGAACGUUUGGAAAGGGAACGCAUUCGCAUUGAACAGGAGCGCCGCAAAGAAGCAGAUCGCAUGGCUCGGGAACGAGAAGAACUUAGACGUCAACGUGAUCAGUUGAGAUAUGAACAAGAAAAAAGGAACUCCAUGAAGCGGCCAAGGGAUGUAGAUCACAGGCGUGAUGAGGCAUUCUGGAGUGAAAGCAAGAAGAUGGCAAUGGACAGUGAUGCUCGUUUUAGUCAUGGAUCAGACUAUACUCGCCAGCAAAGGUUUAAUGACUUUGAUCAUAGAGACCGUGGAAGAUUUCCAGAGGGUUCUACAGUGCAGUCUUUCGAGAGAACUGACAGAACUGGAAGAGAAAUCCCCACACAUGGAAUGAGAGCUGGACCCCCUGGCGGUGUUGGUUCAAGUUAUGGCAGAGAGGGAGCACCACAUGGCCGUGAUGUUGGCGGUUCAAGAAGGGAGUGGCAUGGACCUGGUUCUCAGGGUGGUUAUAAUCCCAAGAGAAUUGGAAUGGGUCGUGGUGGAAUGCAGCCACAUUCAAGCCACCCUUCACCAGUGAACAGGAUGGUUGGCGUUGCUGGCAAUUCAAUGCAAAGAAGCGGAUUCAAGCCUUUUAAGGGUGGCCCUCCACGAAGAUUCUAAGAUUGAAAUUUUCAAAUCUUUCCAUUGUGUUGGACAGUUAAAUUAACCUGACAAGGUUGAACAUUUGCAUUACUUUUAAAACUUUUAAAUACCUUUCCAUGGAGAACUCCACCCACGCAAAAAGAUAAUCUGGAGACAUUUUAAUGUUAAGCUGCAUUCCUGUUUUUCCCCUUCAUGGUUCUUGUAUCUUUACAGUUUCUUACAGCACUGAAAAUGUGUAGAUUGUAAUUCAUAAUUUUUUAUGGUAUGCAGAUAUAUGUUGCAAAUACAGUUUUGUUCUAGUCACAUUUUAGAAAAUAUAUUACUGGCAUUGAAGCUGUUCAUGGGCUGUAACAUAGAAAACUAGCUGAAGUUCUUAAGGAUGAAAGCUCUUUUGUGGACAUUGCAGAAUAUUUCUAACGUAUAGACUGUUUUAUUUAUACAGUGAAACGGUGUAAGCCUUUGUCAGAAUUGUACUUUUGUCAGAAAAGGGUACUGUUGUAAAGUACUAUUGCAUAAGUCCGUCUCUGGUGUAAUGCUGGCAAAGUGAAAUUUUUUUUAAAUAAAUCUUACCAUUCUUCAGGUA